GGUGCCUCGGAUUUGACGUCACCCAGCGCAGUAAUGGCGGCGGUGGUACGGUUAGGAGGUGGAGUAGAGAGUAUCUGAAACUUUAUUUCUCAAUUAAAAAACUGAAUAAAUAAACUUUUUAAUACACGCCAACCCAAACACUGCUGGAUGAGGUGUGGUUUGCAUGCUAGAAACUAAGCUGUCAGGGCGGUGCCUGCGUCUGUUUUUAUACUGAGUUAUUCCCCAGCUCUCCAAAGAGCUGCUGAAAGUUUGCUUUUUUCCUCGUUCCUUUUUCUGAAGUUGCAGGUUGUUAUUCUCCGAGUCUGAGAGGUUGCUGUCCUUACCGGCAGCCCAGCGUGGUUGUAUUUUGUGAAUGUGACCAUGGAAGGACUAACGUUGAGCGACACAGAGCAGAAGUAUUACUCGGACCUGUUUGCCUACUGCGACACUGACAACACCAAGAAGAUCGCUUCUAACGGGAGGGUCCUAGAGCUGUUCCGGGCCGCCCAGUUGCCCAGUGAAAUGGUCAUGCAGAUCAUGGAACUGUGCGGUGCUACCCGCUUGGGACAUUUUGGAAGAAGCCAGUUCUACAUUGCCUUGAAACUUAUAGCAGUGAACCAGUCUGGUCUUCCUGUACGAAUGGACACAUUAAGUACAGUGAAAGAACUACCUUUGCCCAGAUUUGUAACAUCAAAGAAUGAGCAAGAAUUCAGACCUACAGCUAUGUACUCAACAGAUGCUGACAACCAGGGCACACACACUGGUGUCAUUCCUCGUCCACCUGGUAGAGUGCCAGUUAAAAAAGCAUCCACUGUGCAGGAGACAACGCAGCAGCGUGCAGCUGUAUCGGACCAACAGGAUUCAACCUCUCCGGUCAUGUCACCACAUCAGUCUCCACCAACCUCUCCUCAAGCUUGGAGAAAGCACCACCGCCACUCCAGUGGAGGGAAUGCUGAAAAGCCACCAACAGUCACUGGUCCUUCAUGGGCUCCUUUUGCAGAAUCACAGUUGGGGACAGCCUCAGGUGACGGAAUGUGGCCUGCACAUUCUCCUCCUCCCCAAUUGGAGUCUUGGGUCAGUUUUGCAGAUACUCCUCCAAGUGGUGCGCACACAGCUAUGCAUCCUGCCUCCAUCCAGGACCACACGACAGUACGAACAGUAGCAUCAUCUGUAACAGCUAAUGAAAUACGUAGGCGAUCCAGUAGUUAUGAUGAUCCUUGGAAAAUAACAGAUGAGCAAAGGCAAUAUUAUAUUAAUCAAUUUAAAACCAUUCAGCCUGACUUGAGUGGAUUCAUUCCAGGAUCGUUGGCUAAAGAAUUUUUUACAAAAUCUAAAUUACCGAUUCUAGAGCUCUCCCAUAUAUGGGAGCUGUCGGACUUUGAUAAAGAUGGUGCACUAAUACUCGAUGAAUUUUGUGCAGCGUUUCAUCUCGUGGUUGCAAGAAAGAAUGGUUACGACCUGCCAGAAAAACUGCCUGAAAGUUUAAUGCCAAAACUGAUCGACCUAGAUGAUUCAGCAGAAACAGAAGAACAUCCUGCUGAACCUGGCUACUCCAGUUCUCCUGCGGAAGUACCCCCAAGUAAGUCGCCGUCUAUGCCAUCACUAAACCAGACCUGGCCGGAAAUGAACCAGAGCAAUGAGGAUACUGCCAUUGUACAUCCUGUUGCAAUUCGUAUGACGCCAAGCAAAAUCCAUUUGCAAGAAAUGGAGCUAAAGAGGACUGGAAGUGAUCAAACAAAUCCUACAAGUCCUUUACUUACACAACCUACAGAGCUUUCAGAAGAAGGCAGUCUUGGGCAGUCCUUGAAAUUUGGUGCUGGUAACUCAGUUGCAAAGUUUAGAGAGAGCUUAAGAAACCAGGCGUACAAAAGUAGCCCAGCACUUCCAUGUGUGCCUGUUAUCUUGAUAGUUGCAGGUCCAUAUAUGCAUCACUCAGCAGAUUCUGAUGGCGUUAUAAAUCAGACCAGCACAUCACCUCAGCAAAUACCAGAACAGCCAAAUUUUGCAGAUUUCAGCCAGUUUGAAGCAUUUGCAUCAGGCACAACUGAUCAGGAGGCCAGUGAAGCUGAUGUGUCUCCUGAUGUUGAACAGAUAAGUGUUGAAAAGCCCUCUGAACCUGCUGGCCCUGUCAGAGCUGCAAAAGGUGAUGUGCGAGUAGAAGAGAAGACAGCAGUAGUAACAACUACAAGCACUACUGCUCAUUCUACUGUUACCAGUUCUGUUUCUGCUGUCACUGCUGCUGCUGUUACAGUAAAUACAACAAAGGGAACAACUCCAAUUGCCCCUCCACCAAAGCCUGCCCGUAGAAGAUUAAAAUCAGAGGAUGAACUUCGACCGGAGGUGGAAGAGCUCCCCCAAAAACCAGGUGCUGUACCUGCAGUCCUUGCCUCUCAACAGGCCAUUCCUAGGUCUGUUGGAAAAGACAAGAAAGCUAUUCAAGCAUCAAUACGAAGGAACAAAGAGACAAACACAGUCUUGGCCAGACUGAAUAGUGAGCUACAACAGCAACUUAAGGAUGUGCUUGAAGAGAGAAUUUCACUUGAAGUUCAACUGGAACAACUUCGACCGUUCUCUCACUUGUAAAUUAGUUUUGAUGUAUGAACAAACCUGGCAAAAUAUGAUGACCUAAGAGGAGACAAACCACUCUUUAGACCUCCCAGCUUAGCUUUGAACACUCACCUCAGCGUUCUUUUUGUGGUUCUGCUCAUCCAACUGUACACCUGCCAAUGUCUCUUCAGUACAGUUUUGUCCAAAUUAAUAGAUCUCCAUGAGAGGGAAGCAGAGCUGGUAUGAUGGAGUGAAUACUGCUCAGAGACACUUGCCUCUUAAUUACGGUCAUUUUUAGCCCACCUUAUGCUACCAGAGGUUGCACAUCUACAGUUCAUGUCAGCAGUCAUGGACUGGAUUGGUAUUUACCGGAGGACUUUCUUGAGUAUCUUAGCACUGCACCUACUACAUUGUCAGAAGGGCACCACCAACAUACUAAACGUGCAGGCACACGGUUGUGUUCAUGUUGGAUAAUUUCAUGAGGUCGUAUUGCACAGGUUGGAUGUAACCUGUGAUUAUACAAGACAAAGAACUGGAGCUGCAACCUCACACUUCCCUAGCUUUUUCCCUUGUUUGCAUUAAGUAGCACUGCCAUGGCCUCAGCAGAGCACUAUUUACCUGUCGUUUUGCAAUAAAAAGAACCUGGUAUGAUGUGGCACUACGUUCUAGGACAUAAUCCUUGCAAAUGAGCAGUGCUUAGUGGCUGAACUGUUUUUGACAUGAAGAUAUCCUGUACAGUGCACAGACACAGACUUGCUACUUACCUCUUCAUUUUCCCACUCAUUGCUCCAUCUUCGGACAGCUGCAUGUAUUCUUUGAGAUUUCUGAAGAUCUUUAGACAAACAGGCCCUCCUGGGGAAGUCCUGUUUGUACCCAAGCUUUACUGUCUUAGAAUACUGCACCUUUAACUACCGAGACUGUCUACUUUGCAUACUAUUCAUAUAGUUACCUGUAUCAAGCAUGCUUUAAUUUCAACAUUUUAUUUAUGCUAUAGCAUUUUUUCCAUAUCAGUCAUGAAAGCACUCAUUUUUCACAACUUCAUUCCAAGACCUUCAAGUAAUGUUUUCCUUGGGUUGCCAUUCCUCGAGCUCUCUAAGCCUUACUCUUCUGGCAUAUAUUCAGUCUUCAUAAAAAAGAUGCUCCCUGGACUAAUGAUGGCGAACCUUUCCUGCUAUUCAGGUUGAUGUACUGUAUAAGAGGGGUGGUUGUAUAUUGUAUCAUACGCAACUUUUGGUUUCAUAUGUAAAUUUGCAUUAAUUGCUGACUAACAGCAGAUAUUCUAUUUAAAGGCUCAGUCUGGCUGUGGGAUCAUAGAUGUCUAAAUGCAUGGAUGUAUCUCAGAAUCAGAUCUAGCAACCGUGUGAUUUUUACACAAAUAAAACACAUUAUUUUA